ACAGAUAGAGUGCAUUCAGGCAGGUGUUUCUAUCCGGUAACGCCAUAAUAGGUUUACAUACAAACUCGAGAUAAGAUUCCUCCACUCAAAGCACAGAUCAGUCAAUACUUGUGUAUAGACACUGGGAUGUCGUGAAGAACAUUGUAAAUAUACUUUGUCAAUAAAUAAAACUUGAUUAAUUUUAGUCUACCUGAACACAGGUGAGUUGUGUACGUAUAGACUUUUUAUGUAUAUACAUGUACAUAAACCACUUCUCUCUGGAUCAACAGCAUUUAUAUCAAUAACGCUUACCUGGGAUGGUUAUCUUGUCUAUAGUACGCUGACAGCGCCCUAACGCUGUACUUCAUCAGAUCGAACUUAACAUUUCAGAUAUAUAUACGUUCUGAUUAUAAUUGAAAUGUCGGGAACGCUGCCAGUCCAAGACCGACGGACUGUCCAAGACAGACGGACGACACAAGCUACGAAAGGUUCUGUUCAGGAUGUCGCGCCUGUGGAUGCCAAGAAGGGUGGCAAAAAGUCUUCCACGUUGCCUUUCUUGACAGAGGACUCCUAUACGGAUCUUGUUCUCGUGAUAGAGGAAAAGAAACUCUUCCUUAAUCGUUCACUCCUAGGCUACGCGUCUGUCUAUUUUAACCAAGUUCUCACAGAGCAUCAAAAUGAGAAGAAGAAAUCAGACAAAAUGGAACUAAAGAUUGUGGGGAAAGUUUACCAGGAAUUCGUCGAUCUCUUGUCUGUCCUACAUCCGGCUGUCAACAAAGACCUCAAUGAAAGAACAGCCCUCAGGUUGCUGCCUCUAGUGGAGGAAUACAAGAUGGAUGUGAUGAAAGAAAAAUGUGAAAGGGUGUUAUUGAACAGUCUAAAAAAACUUCCACUCGAUUCCAAGACAGACACCACUUCUUCGUCAACAAGGAACAAAAAGGAUGAACCGGCUGAUGUUCUGGUCCGUUAUAUAAGAGUUGCGGAAGCGGGAAAUUCGAGAACUGUGCUUGACCAAUGUGUCAAGAUGUUCUCAGAAUCCGAGGUGUCUUUGAAAGAGCUGAAGGGGAACUUACAAGUAUCCCACCGGAUCAAGUCACAGGUGUUCCAGAACCGCAUGGAUUCUACGUCAGAACAGCUGUGUAAGGUAGAGGCUGAACUGGAACGGGAGAAACAGGAAAACGAAUCACUGAAGAAGCGCCGAGGCGCGAAAGGCAGUCAAGGCAGUGUGGAUGACGUCAGCAAGAUCCAGCCUACACUGUCCAAGGCAGGGCCCACUCGGUACCGCACGCGCAGGAACAACGCUGGCUUUAAGGAAUCUCUUUCGGAUAGCAGAACCCAGCUCAACUAAUGGGUGAUCAGCAAAUAAAACAAUAGAUAUCAUAGUUGUAAAAGUUACAUUUUGCUUCCAAACAAUAUGCAUAUUCCAUACGGAAAUGCAGAUUACGUAGUUUUUACCAAAGAAAAGUGCGAAUAUGUUUUUGUUUUUGCUUUUAUUAAAAAAAAUGAAAGAAAUUUCUAGUACAUUAACAUACAGUGAUAAUAACAGGACUAUUUAUAAAGUGAUAUAUAUCUUUUACAUUGUAUUAGUCUAUUUAUAAGUAGUUUAUGUUGCCAUUACUUAAUAUUAAAACGUUUUGUGCACAGCCUCUUAAUAAACCUACCAACUGAAAACAUUGUUAAUUUAAAAACAUGUUCAUUUAUUGCCAAACAUGAGCAUGGGAUUUCAACUUAUUAAUGCUUUUUUCCAGGCAUAUAUUCAUAUGAUAACAAGGUAACAUGUAUGUUAUAAAGUUACACACAUGUACAGUUUAAAAUCAAAAUAUCUUAAUGUAUUUGAUCAUUUUAUGCGCAUGUCUAAAUUGUGUUCAUUAAGGACCCCCGUACCGCACCACUGCCAAAAGCUGUAACUACGCAUUGGAGACGAGGAUAUUUCUUCCCCAACAUAAAUACACAGUUGCCAUGAUAGAUCUGAAAAGAAAACCAUACCUUGUGGGACUGUUAUGGCAAACAAGAGGCCAAAUGGGACUGUGUCGCUCACCUGGUAUUAGUCCCACCAAUGUAGGCGUUAACCAGAGGGCCGUUAUCGCUCACC